AUGGGUAUCAUCGAAAAAAUUCAAGCCAUUGAAGAGGAAAUGGCUCGUACCCAAAAGAAUAAGGCCACAGAACAUCAUUUGGGUUUACUAAAGGGUAAAUUAGCACGUUAUAGACAACAAUUAAUAGCUGAUGAAGCUGGCAGUUCUGGUGGAGGUGGUACUGGUUUUGAAGUUGCAAAAUCCGGUGAUGCAAGAGCCGUGUUAAUUGGGUACCCUUCUGUUGGUAAAUCCUCUCUAUUAGGUAAAAUUACCUCAACAAAAUCUGAAAUUGCACAUUAUUCUUUUACAACUUUAACAUCUGUUCCGGGUGUUUUGAAGUAUCAAGGUGCUGAAAUUCAAAUCGUUGAUUUGCCAGGUAUUAUUUAUGGGGCUUCUCAAGGUAAAGGCCGUGGUAGACAAGUUGUUGCAACCGCAAGGACUGCAGAUUUAGUUUUAAUGGUUUUGGAUGCUACUAAAAGUACACAUCAAAGAGAAUCAUUGGAGAGAGAAUUAGAAAAUGUUGGGAUUAGAUUAAAUAAGGAAAGGCCAAAUAUUUAUUUUAAAAAGAAGGAUACAGGUGGUGUUAAAGUGUCAUUUACAUCACCACCAAAAAAUAAUUUAACCGAUUCUACAAUCAAAGCAUUAUUGAGAGAUUAUAGAAUACAUAAUGCCGAAGUCUUAGUCAGAGAUGAGCAAUGUUCAAUUGAUGAUUUUAUCGAUGUCAUCAAUGAGCAACACAUAAAUUAUGUCAAAUGUCUUUACAUUUAUAAUAAAAUCGAUGCUGUUUCAUUGGAAGAAGUUGAUAGAUUAGCUAGAGAGCCAAACACAGUUGUUAUGUCAUGUGAAAUGGAUUUAGGGUUAGAUGAUGUUGUUGAGGAGAUCUGGUAUCAAUUAAAUCUAAGUCGUGUUUAUACUAAGAAGCGUGGUGUAAAGCCAGCAUUUGAUGAUCCAUUAGUCGUCAGAAAUGGUUCAACUGUCGGAGAUUUGUGUCAUAGCAUCCAUAGAGACUUCCAGGAUAAAUUUAAAUAUGCAUUAGUAUGGGGUUCAUCCGCCAAACAUUCACCACAGAAAUGUGGUUUAAAUCACAAAAUUCAUGAUCAAGAUGUAGUCUCAUUGUUCACAAAAUAA